ACGUUUCAAAUUCUUGGAUCCUACCCGAGAAGGGAACGGGAAAAGAAUCAAAGCUGCUGCUACAGGUGGUGUUCGAGAUGGGAGGAUCUUCAGUGGUGGACGAGAAUGAAAAUUUUACAGCACACGGGGGAGAGAGAAUCUUCACAAUGCCAAGUGGUGGAACGUCUACAACAAGUGUUGAAAUUGUAAGGCACAUCUGCACAAAAAUCCAAGGAGAUGAAGGGUCAAGGAGAAAAUUUCUUAUUAUUCUAUUCCAAGUGGUUUAUAGAGACACAAGAAAUGACAAUAAUACCACAACCUUGCGGUCGGGGAGGGCUAAUCCAGACCCCUUGAUAACGAAGCAAGAACAUGAACCAACCAAGGACUUGAAUUUGCUGACAGCUGCAUAUCUUUCCAUGGAUAAUGCCAAUGCUGUAAGUUGUAACAGGGACUUCAUUGUACCUGAGUGGGUGGAGAGAGGCCUCCCUCAGAACGCCAUUUAUAUGCAGCGAACCCCAUGAGGCAACACUGUUCUACACUUAGCAGCUUCAUAUGGAAAUAAUACAAUGGUAGAGAAAGUAGCUCAACAUGCUCCUUCCCUUUUCACUGAAACUAACAACUUCGAUACGCCAUUGCAUGUUGCCGCUAGGUCAGGGCAUACCUCGACCGUUCAAUCUGUUCUGAAAGUUUUUCUCCCUUUCGCUCGGCAGCAAGCAUGUAAUUGUCGUAUUGAACCAGAUGACUUGGUGAAGAUGCUCUUGGUAUCGCUCACUUUGCUGCAAAAUGAUCAAGGAAAAACUUUCCUUCAUGAAGCCUUCAUGAACAGCAGCCAUAACGGGGCCAUGAUUUUCCAAGCUUUUCAAGAUCCUUUCUUCGGAGGUGAAUAUUCAGAGUUUGAGGCAGAUUUCAAGAGGAUUGUUAAUUCUGCAGCACCAUUAGCGGUUAACAGGGAAGGAAAAUCAUUGUUAUACCUUGCCAUUGAGGCUGGCUGCAACCAAGUUGUUACUAGAUUGAUGGACAUGUGCAUGCACCUUGAGUUGCGACCUCGAGGAAAAUCACCCCUUCUUCCAGCAAUCAUCAACAAGGAUAUAGUUAUGCUUGAAACCAUACUAAGCAAGAAACCAGAUUGGAUACAUCUGAGGAAUGAAAAGGGAAGGUAUCCUCUUCAUGAUGCAGCAUUAAUGGGUUACCUUGAAGGUGUCUCUUACUUGAUCAAAAAAUGUGUUUCUUGCACCAUGGAAAUGGACAAUGAUGGCUUCUUCCCAAUUCAUUUGGCUUGUAAGGGAGGCCAUGUUAAAGUAGUUCAAGAGUUACUAAAAUGGUGCCCAGAUCCCCCAGAGAUGGUGGACAAUAAUGCCCAAACUUUUCUUCACAUUGCUGUUAAGAAUGGAAAAUUUGAAGUGGUAAGAUACAUCCUCCAACAUCCUAAGCUCGAGAAGCUGUUGAAUCAGAAGGAUAAUAAUGGGAAUACUCCUUUGCACGUGGCCACCCUUUACUGGAAUCCUAAAAUUGUACAUGCCUUUACGUGGGAUAAAAGAAUCGAUCUUGCUUUGCUGAACCAAAAGAACCAAACAGCUUUAGACAUUGCUGACCAAUGGCUUGGACAAAAUGCAUCUUUAGCACAGCGACUUACAUGGACUGCGUUGUAAUCUGCUGGUAGACCUCAAAACUCAAUGAAAAGACUCUCUCUUGAAAGCACACCAACUAAAGAGAAGAAAAAGGAAUUCGAACCUGAACGAUAUAAAGACAGAAUUGAAACUUUG